AUGUUCAAGAAAGAGAUAAACACGUCCCCGAAAUCCAAACUCAAGUCCUCGGUUCAGCGCGCGCUCCGCCAGUCCCUGCUCACGACCUUCCCGCUCCUGACGCCGUACAUGGACGAGAUCCUGCCCAAGAAGGGAUCCCUGGAGGCGAUGAAGCUGCCGGACCGCUGCACGCUGUACCUGUUCGAGUCGGAGCCGCUGUUCUUCCAGCACGACCUGGCCGCGACGCUGCUGCCGCACCUCAAGCUCGCGCACCGCUUCCCGCAGGCCUUCCCCAGCAUACGCAUCGACCGCGGCGCCAUCCGCUUCGUGCUCAGCGGCGCCACCCUCAUGGCCCCCGGCCUGACGAGCGCCGGCGGCCGCCUGCCGAGCGGCGUGCUGACGGGCACGCCUGGCGAGGAGGGCGAGGGCCUCGACGAGGAGGCGCGGUGGAAGAGGGAGCUGGCUAAGGGCGAGCCUGUGGUCGUCACGGCCGAGGGCAAAUCGGAGGCGUGCGCGGUGGGGUUCUUGGUCGCGGGCACGAAAGAGGUCAAGGAGAAGGGGAAGGGGCCCGUGAUUGAGGACGCGCACUACCUCGGCGACGGGCUGUGGAAGCUUACGACGGAUUGA